UCAGGAUACUGCAGCGUUAAAAUGACCUUUAUUGGAGUAUUUUGACCAGCAGUCGCUGUGGCGGCGACUCGAGCUGCUCUCCAAUUUAUGUCUUCUUCACAUAACAGUCGACUUGGCUUGUAUUGCGUGAUUUAAUUGAGUGGGAACAGCAAGCUGGUCAAAAUGGGAGGAAACGGGAGCACGGCGAGGAAAGUGUCAUUCGGACUGGACGAAGACGAGAAGGUCACAGUAAUUGAAGGAGUGAAGCUCUCAGAGGAUGUGCUCCGCAGGAUGAGGGAGUCUCGGGGGUCUGACAGCAGCAAGCCACCAAAGUCCUUGCCGGACAGUCACAAACCACCACCACCAAGUGCAAAACCAUCAGGACCAUCUUCUAAAGAAAUUCAAGAGGAAAUGCGGAAAAACUUUGAACGCCAACAUGCCAUGGUGAAGGAGGAGUUGGCCAAACUGGCCCAGAGGGAGAACGAGAAUGCAGCAAUCACUGGCCUGGAUGAGCUGACCUCUGCCCUCAUCAUAGAGAAAGGAAAAUCCCUCGGAGAGCACGAAAAGUCCAAGAUACUGCCUGCAGAUUUGGAUGCCUGGGCCCGAAAACUGGAGAUGAAAGAAAGGGAGCUUGCUACUAUAUCCAGCUUCUAUAAGGAGCAAUUGGAAAUACUGGAGAAAAAGAGUUUUGAAAACUACAAGGAGACGGCUGAACAGUACAACCAGGCAGCUACUAAAGCUGAGGCUCGAAUUCGACCCCAACAUACUGCAUAUCUGUGCGCUGAGCUGCAGGCCAAGGUGCUCCAGUGCUACAAGGAAAAUCCACAGGAGACUCUCCACUGCUCCAGCCUGGCCAAACAAUACAUGACCUGUGUCCAUCAAGCAAAGAAGCUAAAAACAACAACAACAACAACAACAAAGAUAAGAACGUGGAGUCUUUCAGAUGAAAGAGAAAGGUGCCUGUCACCAGGGCAAUGGAUGGAGACUGAUGAAAGAAAAGAAGCUGGUAGAGGAAGAGGCUUACACAUGGUUGUCAGUGAGAAAGGGUUCAUUGAAAACUGUAAGAGAGCGAUACAGAAGGAAAGAGUGGAUGAUAGAAAAAAUGUAGAUAGGAUGACUCUGUCAGUGGAUGGGAUGGAAGGGAAUGACAGUGGGUUGAAGUAGGGAAAAGGAAAAGAG